ACAUAUAUCUUCUGUUAUAUUGCAGACGACACAAACGUGUUGUUAUAAUUUAGUAUCAGAUAUGCUUAAUAGUUUAUCGCUUGUUCCUCUUUUUCUUCUCAGUCUGGACAUUCACCUCAGUGGUUUGUCUUUUACUAUUUAUUAAUUUUUUUCAUUUAUAACUUUUACUUAAUCACUCUGACAAGAGUUAUUUCAUUUUUGCUUAAGUUAAUGAUAGGUUUCUUAUAAGAAAUUAUUAUAAAUGACUUUUAGGAGGGACUGUCGCUCAUACUGGCGUGAAAGGUUACUCCAGUUUGACUGCUUUAUUUCUCGCAACUUGGUCAACAUUAAGUGAAGGCAAGUAGUAUUAUACAAGUGUUUGCUUAUGAUUUCAUGUUUAUAGUUUCAUAUUGUCUACAUCUCUUUAUAUAUUUCUUUACAUCUGACGGUAUUUAUGAACAAUACACCGUUGAGUUAAGUUGUAGAAGUUGUCUUGAUCGAAUUCUACAGCUAUACCUUGUCUAAUAACAAUCAUCAUUUUCUUAGGAGUUACAGCAUCUACUGAAGAUGUUGAUAAACACUUAGAAAUGGGUAAGAAAAUGUUGGCAGGCGGUCAAUUGAAAGACGCUCUUCUUCAUUACAGUGCGGCUGUGGAUGGAGAUCCAAGCAAUUAUCAAACAUAUUAUAAAAGAGCAACAGUUCUACUGGCCUUAGGAAAGUCCAAAUCAGCACUACCUGAUUUAGAUAAAGUUAUAGAAAUGAAACCGGAUUUUAAUGCAGCAAGACUGCAAAGAGGUAAUGUAAAAUUGAAGCAAGGAAAACUAGAUGAAGCGUCCACAGAUUUUCAAGAAGUAAUUAAUAGGGAUCCGACAAAUAAAGAUGCAGAAAACCAACAAAAGUUAAUUAAACCUCUAAAAAUAGAUAUUAAAGAAGCAAUGGAAUUGAUUGAAGAUGAAAAUUAUAACGAUGCCAUAGCUUUAUUAACAAGAUGUAUUGAAAUUUGUCCAUGGGAUCCAGAGCUACAUGAAAAAAGGGCAGAGUGUCACAUUGCUCAGGGAGACUACCUCAAAGCAAUUAAUGAUAUCAGACCAACAACGAAGUUGAGGAAUGAUAAUACCGAAGGAUAUUUGAAAUUAAGCGGCCUUUAUUAUAAUAUGGGAGACGCUGAGGAAUCUCAAAUACGAGAAUGUCUUAAAUUGGAUCCAGAUCAUAAACGGUGUCAUGACCAUUACAAAAAGGUAAAAAAACUUUCCAAGCAAAUGUCCAGUGCUCAAAAGUAUAUUAACGAAAACAAAUGGAAAGAAUGUAUUGAAAAAUCACGCGUUAUGCUUAAAACAGAGAAUAAAGUCAAUGCCUACAUACUGAAGGCUCAUUCUCAUUUGUGUCAUUGUAACAUGAAGGACGGUAAUAUUAAAGAAGCAUUCAGUGAAUGUAACAAAGUUCUAAAUAUGGAUGAAAAUAACAUUUACGCUCUCUGUGAUCGAGGAGAUACUUAUAUCAUAAAUGAGCAAUACGAAGAAGCUGUUAAUGACUACCAAAAGGCAAAUCAAAUAGACAAAGAGAACUCCAGAGUUCACGAAGGUCUAAACAGAGCAGAAAAAUUAUUAAAGCAAUCAAAGAAAAGAGAUUACUACAAAAUUUUAGGAGUGAAGAGAAAUGCUAACAAGAAAGAGAUCUUAAAAUCCUAUAGACAAUUAGCAGCAAAAUGGCAUCCAGACAAAUAUGAAGGAGCAGAUAAAAAGUCUGCAGAAAAAGCUUUUAUUGAUAUUGCUGCUGCUAAGGAAGUUUUAACGGAUCCUGAAAAACGUUCAAAGUUCGACAACGGUGAAGAUCCCCUAGAUGCCGAAGAACAAGCCCAACAAAAUCAUGGUUUUCAUGGAUUUAACCCAUUCGAGUCAAGUGGCUUUCAAUUCAAUUUGGGAAGAAAUAAGUUCAUCUACCCAAAGCUGGAUGAAACUCAAUUGGAAGAAACUCUGACAAGUGGACAUGGUCCUGGGGGACAGUCUGUAAACAAAACAACAAAUUGUGUCGUCUUACGUCAUAAGCCGACAGGAUUGUUUGUAAAAUGUCACGAAUCACGGGAUCUUAAUGUUAAUAAAAAAUUGGCUAGAAUAAGACUUCAAGAAAAGCUGGAUUUACAUCAAAACAAAUCGCGUAGUUUACAAUCAAUGGCUAAAAAAGAUGCAGCCAGGAAGCGAGCUCAAAAGGUGAAAAAAACAAACGAACGUCUUCAAAAAUUAGCUGCAUUCAAAGAACGUGAGGGGUUGUCUUGA